GCUUCUGCCAGAGGCGAGGAGCUGUCUUCGCUUUACUUUGUAACGAACAUCCAUCGAGGAUGAAUCGAAACAGUGAAUUCCUCCUCGUGUUCCUGGCGCUAGCCUUGUCAUCCGUGGUCUACGCGGAGCUAGUCCCUGCGAGACCGUGUCCAUACCCUGAACCCGAUACCCCAUUGAAUUGUACCAUACACGAAGUAUACGUGGAUCCCUGUAAAGAGGCUGCAGAAGGUAAACCAUGUAAACUAAGGAGGGGAAUCAUUUCAAACAUAACUUUCCAUUACACGCCUAGUUUCGAGGCGGAGAAUCUGCAGAGUAGAGUUUAUUGGGCGAGUCAAAUGAUGGAUAUUCCAUUUUUGGGAAUGGACGCGGAUGCUUGCCUGUUCACUAUGUGUCCAAUCGUGCCGGGACAAAGGAACACGUACCAAGCGCAAAUACACAUUUUGAAAAAAUAUCCUAUUAGAAUGUAUGACCUUAAAUGGAGAGUCUGGAACGAGCAGGAGCAAGAAUGUUGUUUCAUGUUUCAAAUAAAGAUAACGAAAUGAUGACUGGCCGUGUGUGAUUCAUCAUUUCAUUGUGCUCAAUUAAUUAUAAUUAACAAUUCGAUGAGUUAAAUCGAAUAAACGAACCAUUCCAUUAGUAGAA